ACGCGGUCGGCAAACUCAUAUCGUUCCCAUGGCUGUUAAACACUUGAUUUUCACGCUUUCUUUACUCAUUGCUGCGAUCGCAGAGGCCGCAAUGGACGUGACAGCUGACAUUCCAAAGUUCACGGGUCCCAUUCUGAACGUAACGGUUCCGGUAGGUAGAGAAGCGGUCCUCGAGUGCGGCGUCGACAACUUAUCAAAUUUUAAGAUUUCUGGCCCUUCAGAUCCUAUACUACAUUUGGAUUACAAGAAACAGCAAAAGUACUACGUGGCGUGGUUGAGAGUGGACACACAAACUAUUCUCACCAUUCACAGUCACGUAAUUACGAAGAAUCAUCGUAUUGCGGUCACCCACAGCGAACACAGGACAUGGUAUCUUCAUAUACGAGACGUCCGAGAAUCGGACAGGGGCUGGUACAUGUGCCAGAUAAACACCGAUCCCAUGAAAAGCCAAAUUGGAUAUCUAGACGUCGUCGUUCCGCCAGACAUCUUGGACUACCCGACGAGCACUGAUAUGGUAGUACGAGAAGGAUCAAAUGUGAGUUUACGAUGUGCAGCCACCGGAUCGCCGGAACCUACCAUCGCUUGGAGGAGAGAAGGAGGAGAAAAUAUUCCUUUAGGAAAUGGACAAGAAGUUCCCAGCAUCGACGGAACAACCUUCAACAUAAGUAAAGUGAAUAGGCUCCACAUGGGCCCCUAUUUAUGUAUAGCCUCCAACGGAGUCCCGCCAUCUGUUAGCAAACGGAUCAUGCUGAGAGUGCAUUUUCCGCCAAUGAUCUGGAUACAAAAUCAACUAGUCGGAGCUAUGGAGGGCCAGCAAAUAACUUUAGAGUGCCACUCGGAAGCGUAUCCGAGAUCCAUUAAUUACUGGACUAUGGAUGAUGGCAACAUUAUUUCAGAAGGAGCGAAAUAUGAACCGGUGUUAGUCGAUAACGCCUACAAGGUGCACAUGAAGUUGACCAUUCGAUCCGUGAGUUUCGCUGAUUAUGGAUCAUAUAAAUGUGUGGCGAAAAACUCACUUGGAGAAACAGAUGGAACCAUAAAGCUUUAUCACAUUCCAUCACCGUCGACGCAAAAAACUACAACUUCAACAACAGUGGUUCCUAUCAACUUAUCACUUGAAAAAGUAGACACGUCAAAACAACACAGCCGACCAAAGGAACCGGCCCCAGACCCCGGCACCAAUGAAAUAUUUGAUCCUGAAACAACAAAAGAAAGAGAUCUACGUCUAAGGAGCAACCCCAGCGAAACGAGCCAAGACCACAAUAUUCAUGAUAGCUUCUUCUUCUCGGCGGCAAUCAGACCAUGGAUGAGUUGCUUGUGGUUUGUCACGAUUGUUAUUGUUUUCACCUGAAGUGACGCUACAGUGUAAUAUAAAUGUAAUAUAUUUUUGGCCCCAAGUUAUUUUUGUGGAAAAAUUCAAAUUCCAGUAUUAUUUGCAUUCCGGUUAGUUCCAAUAACAGCGCCCACAAGUCGCAUGUAAAUAAAUAAAAAUUGUAUCAGGUAGUCUAAUUUUUAAUUUAAUAAAUUAAUAAAUUAGGAGUAAGCUGAAUGUUAAAUGAGUUAUUUUUGUAAAUAAGUUUUCUCUAAUGUGGUGGUAGUCGAGCAAAAAUAGUAAAAUUGACGCCCAAGUUUUCCUCCUUUUGCAAUAAUUAAAUGUAGGGGCUAAUGACCAGCCUGUAUAUUCAUAAAAAGGACUCCUAUGUGUUGUGUGUACAUAUGAAUUUCUUGACUGUUACAGAGUUGAGACUGAGAUUUAUUUUACUGUACCUCUUUAUGUUGGAAAAUCUGUAUUUCUUUUAAUAAAAUCUUCU